UUUUGCAUAUUCAUGACCCAUGGGGGCAUAAAGGUCGUUCCUUUAACAUGGGUUUUUGUAGAUAUACCCAAAAAAUAUUUAUAUUGCUCACUCCCACUUGUGUGUGAUUAGAUUGUCCUUAGAGGUGUCACUGUUUGUCUCUCUACUUAUCGUUCCUUUAAUUACUGUAAUGUUGAAUUGGCGGGUUUCAUUUAUCUACUAACCACUAGGAUGAUGUUUAUUGUCUCCCUCUUUCUUAAUUCUUCUCUACUUUUCGGACAGUAGAGACUCUUGAUUGCUCCUCUUCAGCUAAUUUUUGAGACGUUAUUAAGUGUUUGUUACACGCAAUGGCUCGCUUCAGUUUUCCUUGUUUUCCGAAUUUUGGGGGUUUUAAUCAGGCUGUGACAAACCGGGGGCCUGAGAUUUCAGAAACUGCUGAUAAUUUGGUCUCACCAUCUGGCAUUCCACUCAUAGAACCUAAUAGUAAAGAGCACAGGAUGAGAGAGGCACAGCUAGGCGCUCACACUGUGAGGUCCCAUGGAAUGACUGUUGCAAGGACUCACAUGCAUGAUUGGAUCAUUCUCGUGUUACUUGUUAUUCUCGAGGGCGGACUCCUUAUAAUCCACCCGUUUUAUCGCUUUGUUGGGAAAGAUAUGAUGACUGAUCUCAGUUACCCGUUAAAAAGUAACACUGUACCAAUUUGGUCUGUCCCGGUAUAUGCGAUGCUGUUGCCUUUGGUAAUCUUCAUCUUUAUCUAUUUCCGUCGAAGAGAUGUUUAUGAUCUUCAUCACGCUGUGCUAGGUCUCUUAUACUCCGUUCUGGUGACAGCAGUACUUACCGAUGCAAUCAAGAAUGCAGUUGGUCGACCACGUCCUGACUUUUUCUGGCGUUGUUUUCCCGAUGGCAAAGCUGUUUAUGAUACCCUCGGAGAUGUUGUAUGCCAUGGUGAUAAUAGCGUCAUAAGGGAAGGGCACAAAAGCUUCCCAAGCGGGCACACCUCAUGGUCUUUUGCGGGUCUGGGAUUUCUGUCGUUAUACUUAUCGGGAAAGAUUCAAGCAUUUGACGGUAAAGGCCAUGUUGCAAAGCUAUGCAUAGUCAUACUCCCUUUGCUAUUCGCAGCUCUGGUCGGUAUUUCCCGUGUUGAUGACUAUUGGCAUCAUUGGACAGACGUCUUUGCAGGAGGCUUGCUAGGUCUUGUGGUCUCUACGUUCUGUUAUCUUCAAUUUUUCCCGCCACCAUAUCACACCGAAGGUUGGGGACCAUAUGCUUACUUCCAAGUGUUGGAAGCUGCGAGAGUGCAAUGUACCGAGAAUGGAGCCGUGCAGCAACCGCCUCAAGGUGAUAACGGUGAAGAAGAAGACGGUGGGUUUAUGGGUUUACAUUUGGUGGAUAAUCCGAGUAUGAGGAGAGAAGAAGAUGUAGAAACUGGUAGAGGCUGAGUAGAAGACACACUGAAGCUGCUUUGGUUUUUUUUUUUAGGACACUUUUUUCUUGUUCUUUUGAUUCUUUGUUUGGCUACUUUGCUAGAUUUGUGUAAGAUAACUAGUGGUAAGUGGUAAUUACAGUCGUUUGGUUUUUAGUUUAAAUGGAUGGGACCAGUAUUAAUGGGUCCGGUAUUGUUAUUGCUUAUUGGUUAAUGUUUGUGCUUUUGAUUA